CUAAUGCUAAACGAGGGAAACAGCGCUUUGAUGUCGUCGUCGGCGGUGAAGUCAUGGAGAACGGCGUUUCUGACUCUCAGGGACGAAAACUCGGCCUCGCCUCCUCGCGCCACCGUCGUCCGCCUCCUUGACAAAUUAAUUCUAUCCCAAUCCCACUCUCUCGUUGCUGCUGCGCCGCAGUUGCCCCCGCACGAGCUCACAUCCGACUUUAUGCUAUUGCUGGAGUUGGUUCGCGACCAUCUCUCUUAUUAUCAGCAAGGAAUUGAAGAUGCUACUCAGACCUUCGUUAAAUUAUCUGCACUGAUCCAUGGAAUAUGUCAUUCCUCUUCUCUCGAAAUGAAUUCAACAAUGUGGGCUCUUGUGUGUGACUCGUUCAAGAGGGUAGUGCAGGUUUUCCUUGGCAAUGUUGAAACAGAGAUGGCUAUUGUCAGAAAUGCUGCUCUAAUCAAACCCACCAAGGAUUUCUUAGAAAGUUUAAGGUUACUUUUCAGUUUAUAUCAGACAUCUGCUUCACCUCUGAAAAUGGUAUCUAGAGGUGCGUGCGAAGUCCUAACAGUUGCAUUUGCCAUGGUUGGUGAAGUAUACUCCAGAGUAGGUGCUUCUUUGCCAGUUGAAAUCUGGAAGUCAACAGUUGUGGUAUGUCCUGAGAAAGUUAUGGACAUCUUGGCUUCUAAGAGUAUUUUGAUGGAGGAUAAUACUGUUGCCAAGUUUUAUGUUGAGCUUCUCCAGUGUCUGCACUUAGUUCUUGCAGAGCCUAGAGGAUAUCUAGCAGAACAUGUGGCUGGCUUUGUGGCAUCAUUGAGAAUCUUUUUCCGCUGUGGCCUUGUAAACAAGCCAUCCGUUAUGAAUCAACAAACUAAUCACAUGAAGGGGGUUGGGUCAACUAGCCAAAACAUCCCUUUUGAAGUAUCAAAUCAACCUAAAAGUGGCCAAGCAGCCCUUAUAGCCUCCACACUUACGAAAAAGGUUGCUGGAAAUCAACAGAGUAGACAUGAGGAGAACCUAGCUUCUUCUAGACAUGAAUUUAUUUCGUCUGAUUCAGAUUGCAGUGAUAAUGAUGGAUCAGUGAUCGAUAACAGCAAAGCUUAUUUAGCCAAGGCAAGAUUAGCUGCAAUUAUUUGUGUUCAGGAUCUCAGCCGAGCUGAUCCGAAAUUGUUUACAGCCCAGUGGACAAUGCUUUUGCCAUCCAAUGAUGUGCUACAAUACAGGAAAUAUGACACUACGUUGAUGAGCUGCUUUCUUUCCGACCCUUCGUUAAAGGUCCGGAUUGCAGCUGCUUCUACUAUUAUGGCAAUGUUGGAUGGGCCUGCUUCUGUUUCCCUACAGGUAGCAGAACUUAAGGAGCACUCAAGACAUGGGUCAUUUACCACACUUUCAAGCUCUCUUGGGCAUAUCUUGAUGCAACUUCAUUCAGGUACAUUGCAUGUAAUCAAACACGAAACCAGCGAUAGAUUGCUUGCAUUGUCAUUUAAAAUCCUAAUGCUUUUGAUAGCAUCCACACCAUAUUCAAGAAUGCCUCCUGAGCUGCUCUCAAGGGUUAUCUCUUCACUCCAGUCAACAGUUGAACAGGGGUUUCCAUAUCAUAAUGAUCGGAAUAGCUUACUUGCUGCGGCAAUUAUUUGCUUAACCAGGGCUCUUUCUGUGUCUCCCUCAAUGCAUGUAAACAAUAUGCUGCUAGGAGAAAUUUCAGCAGGUUUGUUGCAUGUUUCUUGUUUUGUCCUUGAUAUGAAUGGGCUUGUAGCUGUUUCGCUAUUCUCAAAUUAG